CCUCCCUCAACACAACACUAUGUCCAGACUACAUCACAAUGGGCUGUAAUGUUCGAGACAGGCAAGAUUAGAGCAUCUCUGCAACACCGCUGAUUCUGUGUAUGGAUUUAAUGAUGAUGAAAAAGAAGAAAUUCAAAUUUAAGGUGGAUUUUGAGCUAGAUGAGCUUUCGUCGGUCCCCUUUGUCAACGGUGUCCUCUUCUGUAAAGUCAGACUGCUGGACGGUGGCUUUUCCGAGGAGUCUUCACGGGAGCCGGUGCAGGCCAACUGUGUUCGAUGGAGGAAACGGUUUUCUUUCCCCUGCAAAAUGAGCGCCAACGCUGGUACGGGCGUACUGGAUCCAUGUGUGUGUCGUGUGUCUGUCAGAAAGGAGCUAAAAGGUGGGAAGGCAUAUGCAAAGCUGGGUUUUGCAGAUCUGAAUUUAGCAGAGUUUGCCGGCUCAGGGAAUACAACCCGCAGAUGUCUGCUGGAAGGCUACGAUACCAAAAAUACUCGCCAGGAUAACUCCAUUCUCAAGGUUAUCAUCAGUACACAGCUGAUGUCUGGGGAUCCCUGUUUCAAAACGCCUCCCUCCACAGCUACAGUAAUCGGGAUCCAGGGCGAAGUAGAGAGCCUGCUGGAGGAGAGGAAGGGAGGGGACUCACAGAAAGGCUGUUCUGCAGAGAGUCGAGAAGGAAAGUGCCCCGUUGUAUCUGAUGAUCUUGGGGGCUGCGGACACUCCCGAACGUCCAGCUAUGCCAGCCAGCAGUCCAAACUUUCAGGCUACAGCACAGGCCAUUCCCGCUCCUCCAGCAUGUCAGAGUUCAGCCAUCGUAGAAACCACUCAGUUGGGAGUGCCUCAACAGGCAUCGGCAGCAUCCCAGAGCCAAGCGAAGACCGCGAAAGAGAGUCCAGACCCUGCCCUGCUCUACCCGAACACCCAGUCCCCACCGCCACCACUAGCAACCCUGUGGGGACAACUGUACAGAGUGCCUCAUCCUGUGAAAGACUCAAUAGACACCCAGUGAAGCAGGACUCCAUGGAGUCUCAGCUAAAGAGAAUGGACGAUACUCGGGUGGAUGCAGAUGACGUUGUGGAAAAGAUUCUCCAGAGUCAAGAUUUUACGCCAAGCUUACUGGACUCAAGUGCUGAAGAGGAAGGCUUGCGUCUGUUUGUGGGCCCUGGUGGAAGUACAGCCCUUGGAAGCCAUCACUUGCCAACCAGGGUUGGAGCUGGAGCAUAUGAGCAGGUGGUGAUAAAGCGUUAAACCUGCAGCCUCUCAGAGCUGGGCUGACACGGCUUUGAUUUUAAAAAAACAAACAAAAAAAGCCUUGACUGUGUCAGUUUCAGUCUGCUCUCCUACAGCACUAAAGUUACCUGAUCAGCACUGUGUCACACCUCCCUGAUCACUCUGAAUGGUUGACAGUUUAACAGUGCCCUCCUGUGUUCAUGUAUGAAACUGUAGCUCUGUUUUCUUUUUUUUUUUUUCUAAGAUUAAGAGGUAGACAGUUGUGAUCUCAGUACAAAUGUAGAGAUGUGUAUUGAGGGGGGAAAAAAGCUAACUAACUGCUUCUGGUUUUUGGGAUUAAAUUAACCUCAUCCCUGGAGGUCAGCUUUCUCAUCAGCAACCAGAACUGUAAAAUUAAGAGGAACUGGAAGAAAUUUAUCAGCUUUCCACUGUAUGAAGAACACAAGGACAUGCUGUGAGUAUAUCAUCAGAACAAACAGAUACCUACAAUGACGAUGUAUGUGCUUUCAAAACAUUCCUUUUGUCUCUUUGUGUGCUUGGACUUCCUUCUCAAGUAGGAUUUUCAUAUUUGCCUAUAAGCUGCUAAAAAGCUCUAGUUGUUGGCACUCAAACAACUGGUAUUGUUUUGAAGAUGAUACAUUUUUUACUGCACAGCAGAGGCAUCAGAAUGAAACUAUUUGAGGUGUGAACACAGACUUUGUGAGUGUUUUCUACGUGUUAGACCACUAUUAGUCAUAACGGUUAUACUGUUAUGCUUUGGAUGGAAGUGACAUGAUACCUUUAAGGGGAUGCUAUAUUGGUACUUGCAUCAAAAAAAUGGAAAAACAUGUUUUGCUUAAUUGUGUUAAACAUUUUUGUAAGUAUCUAUGACUCACUGCUGGGUGAUGUUUUAGAGAAUCCUGCAGAAUUAAUCUGUUCUGCAAAAUUAAUUCAUGCCAAAUUUUUCCAAACAAAGACAUAUUACUAUUUUGUUUUAUAUUUCCUAUGUCAUAGAAAAAAAACUUUUAAAUUAGAAAUGUGUAGUAUCAGUCCAAACAGCAUUUGAAAUGUCCAGUCGCUUCUGAACGGAGCUUUAAUGAAUCCAAACAACAGCAACUACCUUUGGGUGUUGCCCCACUUGUUGCAUUGGUGAGAGACAGCAAACUGAAUAGCUAAAGUCAAUGUAAAGAAUUUAAUUUCAAUAAUAGGCUGAUAGCCAGCACAAUACAUAUAUUCUAUAUCAAUUAUCUGAAGCCUUUAAAUAAUCAACACAAGUGUUAUCUUCUUAGACAAGUUUAAAAUGAAAGCUGAAUGAUGACAUUUAAAGGUCCAUACUGUGAUUUUCUCUUAAACUCUCUAAACCCAGAAUGUGUGCAGUUCUAGUUUUUAUACUCUUCUCUCUUUUUGUUAUAUUAUAAUGUUAUUGGUAAAAUAUUCAGCCUAAAAUUAAAACAUUGACCAAAACAAAGGUUGUGUGUCCGUUAAAGUCUGCCUGCCCUUGUCUGGAAUUACUGCUCUUGUAGGUUAACGCUCUUUGGCUUCAUAUGUCGGUUUAAAAAACAAACUUGAAGGAGCUUCUGUGAUAAAAACCAAUGUAGAAAGGUGUAUAGCUAAUGCCCAGCAUUUAAGCUACGUAUCUAUUGUAUACCUAUGCUUUGCAACUCAACUACAUCAUUCUAAGCUGGCCUGUUGAUCAGGCGGCUGAGAUCGGCAAACAAAAGGAAGACGCUGCGAUGUAUCAGCAGAUUAAAUAAUGCACAACUAAUGCAUACUGUAGUUUGUAUCGCUUUGAAGGACUAGCUAGGUGAUCCACUGCCAUGAAGAAAUACUCAACAGCACCUGUCUUAAAAGGAAGCAAAGUAUUUGUGUGUCUAUGUCUAAUUACAGCUUAUAAACUGCUAGACUUCAGAACAGUCUCAUAAAAAGUCUAUAAUCCAACACAAUAUCUGAUCAGUUAAAGCUGCAGAUAACUUUAUGAUAUAAAUAUGAAGAGUUUUGAAAUCCUGAUAGCGCCAUGCAUGAUGGGGAUUUAAAUUUGUAGCCUCAUAGGAGAUUAACUGCACAAUAAACUCAUUUAUGAUCAAACUAGCCAAAGUACACAACGCAGUAAUAUUUACCAGGGAAUCAGUCAGGCCUAUGCACAUGUAGAAAAUGCAAACGCAUUACAACUUGUGAAAGCAGACUGUGCAGUAUCUGUAAUCUUCUGUCUCCUGUCAUAAGCCAUAGUAGAAAUACGAUACUUCCUUUUUUAUAUGAUAAACAUGUUGAAUCAGUAUCUGCACAAAUGUCAGUGUAUGGUGUUUUGGCUUAAUGUCAGUGUUCUCUGUUUUUUUUUUGUGUGUUUCUAUGUUCUGCAUGAUAAUGUCGGUAUGUUAGCUUGCAGAACUUGACACAUCUUCAUGUUUUACCUAAUUUAAUAUUGUGCCAUCUAUGAUCAAAAUAGUUCCACGUUGAAGGAAGAUUUCUACUUGGAUAUUGAGCAGGUUGAAAACCAUUUUGUUCUUGAUACUUCCAUAUUAAAGCAGAUAUCUGCACAGUAUUUGCUGUGACUGUGAGUCAGUGUUCUCAUUUUUUAAAUUUCUUUGGCAUGGUUUGAAUAUUCAAUGUUAAAAGUAACAUCUUAAAUGAUAUCAUCGUCUGUGUUUUGCAAAGCUCAGUGCUGAUGUUGUGCCAUAUUUUUGCUAACAUUUCAGUGUUUUAGUGAGAAAAUUUGUUCUCACUACAUAGUUGAAAAGUUGUUAAGUGUUUGAUUUAUGGCUAUCCAAUAUCAACUUUUUGAGAUCUGUUUGAGCAUUUUUUUUUUUUUAAUCACUUGUUUUACCUGUGGAGAACAGGUUUGUUCAUCUUGGUACCUAACAUGUUGUUACAAACAUGGUUUCUUCUCUUCUGUGAAGCUGUUGUCUAUAUAAAACUGUAAAAUGUAUUCUCCUGUUAAGUGAUGUUCUGCGCUGUUCUGACACUGUCCAGUGUUUCCUGUUACAGACUUCAUCCUUUUGACCAACAUUUGCUUCCUUAAAUAGUGUGCUGGAUGCUUCAAAUGUGUACCUUGCACUGUUGAAUAAACCUGUUAAAAUCUU